AUGUCCUCUAUUUUGUGUCUCGCGCAUUAUUGCGAUACUCACGGCCCCACGCCCUUGAUGGUCACCGAGGGCCUGCCUGUGGGAUGUACAACAUGUUUCGAAGACGACGAGGCCUUUGGCAGCCGGCGACCUAGUACCAGCUCACGCUCGCUCAAUCCUCAGGAUGGGUUGGCGGCAAUUCGUGGCGGGAGUAGGACCAAUUCAACGUCCUCGGAAAACAAGGAAAACAACGUCGAGCGCAACACCCUACCAAGUCAAUCUCCGAAGAUUCCCUCUACCUCAGCAAUCGAAACGCCCCCAGAAAGUCCUCGAGUCGCGGCAUUGCAGACGGGCCAUGGUGGCAACUCCCAUAGACGCGAUUCGAGUUUCCGCAAGACCUACGACGAGAAUGAUAAGAAGCGAGCGAUCCCCUGCGAGAACUGUGCUCUUACAUUACCAAAGAAGACGAAAGAGGAUGGGCCUACAAGCCGGACAGACUAUAGUGGUCCAAUCCUGCGAACUCGCAAGCCUUAUGAGAGAGUUGUUGCGCCUAUGGAAGAGCCAUCGCCUCCUAAAUCCGCAGCUUCUUCUGAUUCGGAAGCCGAUGUCACAACGAGAAGAUCAAAGCGAUCAUACCCUAUGAUUCGAGCCACAACCUCCUCGAGUAAUUCUUCUUUUGGUUCAUUGAAUUCUCAUGACCAUUACGUUGACUACACUUCUACUCAUGAACCCUUGGCUUCUACAUCUUUCUCUAUUAUCCGACAGUCGUGUCUACGAACACUCUCUUGCGAAACGCUGCCGCCAUCGAGCCAGUAUAUGCCGAAUGCAGCAUCUCCCACCUCGCCAUUCCUGAACAGUCCCUUCUCGAAUGGUCCUACUCCUUCAACGACCACGUCUUCAGGCGGACCUAUCUUUUUUGGAGAUCCUCUAGCUGGCUACACCACCGCCUUUAUUUUCAGAAUCCCAGAUCCUAACGCUCGAGGUCGGCGCCGUGUUUACGCGCUCAUGGCACUGUCAACACAUCGUGAGCGUCUAGCCAUGCAGACGUUUUCCUUCCUCUCUGUCGCUUUCCGUGAGCUAGCUGCUUGGAUUCAAGCACUCGCAGAGAGCGAACUGGAACGAUCGGAGAAUGCCAAUUCCUCCCCACGGAUAGGCAACGGCGAAGGUCGGCAAAGCGCCUUCAACACACCUCGAAGCUCAUUUCUUCAGGGUCGUAAUCGCAGCGGAGAUGGCAAAUACGCUGGCAUGAGUCUCCAAUCCAGAGGCUUGGCCGAGCUUGUUGGUCUUCCAGACUUCUUCAUUGAGCUUCACGCUCGAUUUGUUAGACUACUGAUUGAGUUGAACGUCGUGAUGGGCGUUUGA